UAUGCUCUAAGAACGAAACCAAUCAUCAGACGAGAUCCCCACACCAAUAGAUCUCUUUCGCGUCAGUCAAUGCCGUCCGCCGACGCCGGAGAUGCUGACGCGAUGCCCGCGCCGCCGCCGCAAACAAGGGCCGCCAUCUCGCAUGUCAUCUUCGACAUGGACGGCCUCCUCCUCGGUAUCUUUUCUCCUCCACUUUCCCGUUUGCUUCCCUUCACUGUUUUUUGGCCGCGAGAUGCAGAUGUGCUGUGGCUGAUAUUCUUUUCCAAUUUCACGAUGGUUUCUCCAUUGCGAGCUGGUGCAGAUACGGAGGGGUUCUACACAACGGUACAGGAGAAGAUCCUGAUGAGGUUCGGCAAGGUGUUCGACUGGUCCGUGAAGGCCAAGAUGAUGGGCAAGACCACGGCCGAGUCCACGCGCAUCUUGUUUGAGGAGUUCGGCCUCGCCGGCCUGCUCACCCCGGAGCAGUUCCUGGAGGAACGCGAAACCAUGCUCAAGAAGCUCUUGCCCACUUGCGUUGCCAUGCCAGGUCUGCUACGUUUGAUCAAUCUUCUCCACACAAAUGGAAUACCGAUAGCUGUUGCAACAGGAACCCAUAAACAUCACUUUGCACUGAAGACACAAAACCACGAGGACAUAUUUUCUCUGAUGCAUCAUAUUGUCACAGGAGAUGAUCCAGAAGUGAAGGCGGGCAAGCCAUCUCCUGAUAUUUUCCUUGCUGCUAUGAGAAGAUUUGAGGCUAAUGUAGAACCUAGUAAUUGCUUGGUAUUUGAAGAUGCACCGUUGGGUGUGGCAGCAGCCAAAACUUCAGGAAUGCACGUGGUGAUGGUUCCAGAUCCAAGGCUAGAUGUUUCACAUCACAAAGGAGCUGACCAAGUUCUCACUUCACUAUUGGAAUUCAAUCCUAGCGAAUGGGGCCUGCCACCUUUUGUGGAUUAGAUUAUUUUCAGAGACAUCAAGCAUGUUUCACAGACACACAAGCCCUACAACCACACAGUAAACGCCCGUAUUCAUAUUAGGGAAAAUUUUUUGGUUGCGUAUAGUUAGAAAUUUCAACAUAAAAAAAGGAACACACCUGUUUCUGCCUAGUAGCGAAAGGGCCUCUAGCUGAGUUAGUUAGGUGGUCUGAGUAGCACUCCUCAGGUCCUGAGUUCGACUCCCCGUGGGAGCAAAUUUCAGGCUGUGGUUAAAAAAAUCCCCUCGUCUGUCCCACGCCAAAGCACAGGUCUAAGGCUCAGCCCCGGUCGUGGUCGUUCUCACAUGGGCUUCGAUGCCGCUGUGUAUGGGUGGGGCAGGGGUUCGGGGGUUUUCUUGACCUGUGUGAGAAGGUCUUCUUCUUAAUACAAUACCCGGGGGCUGUCUUACCCCCCGCAGGUCAAGUUUUUUUUUUGUUUCUGCCUAGUAAUAUACUGGUGUAACUACUACUAAACAUCUGUGCUGCUACUGCAGUUUACAGUAUUUUUAAGAAACAUUCUUCAUAUAUAAAUUUUAUUUUAAUAGAAAUUUCAAUUGAUUUUGGAAUUA